CGCCCGCGGCCUAUCCAGAAGUUCGCCGUCGCAGUUGGCCAAUGCUCGGCUGAGGCCUCAUUGUACGGAAAAUGCAUUGUUGCGGACUACAAUGCCAUCCACAAGGACAAGUGCUCGAAGGAAUUUCUUAGGUUAAAGGAUUGUUAUCUGGUAAGC